CGUGGCUACCGCAUUCUGUGCGGUCGCGACUUCCUCUUCCAUCAAGCCUCCACGCACCCCAGACAUCCCCAUCUACCCCUCGUUCUGAAUCGCCCUCCUCCGACCCUAUACUAUCUUUUGCGCCCCUGCUGUCACACCAUACUGUCCUCUCGUUCUCUUAUUAUCUAUUUCAUCUCAUCAGGGGGAAGUAUCAUGGCGGAGAACCACCCUCACUCACUCUUUCCGCUCGACGACACGUCAGCCUCACAGCGGUAUCCCGUCCUCCAGACGCGUUUUAGACAAUUCCCCCAAGCGGUGCCUCCACGCGAUCGAUAUCGCACGUACAGACGUGAUGGCGGUGACGCUGUGGAGGACUGCGUGGAAGACGACUGGGGUGAGGAAGAAACCAUGCAAUUCGACGCGUUCGAUGAGCAGAUUCUGCAGAAGUCCAUGGAGGAUCGGAAGAAGAAGGCAGAAAAGGGGUUGGCCAGGUUGUCAUUCACCCCGGGAUAUGGCUCGUCGUCUUAUCGGCCUCGUGACAGCAUCGUCGGCGGCGACAGCACCGACUCUCGGCAGAUAUAUCAACAGCAACAGUUGGCCCGGAGAGAUCUGAGCCGGUUUGCUUUCAAUGCCGCGGACUUGCCAGAGACCAGUUCGGAUGCCCAGUGUGAGCAUUCAUCGAGCCCGGCGUUUAGAGCCAGUCAGAGGCGUGUUGAGCAAGAAUAUGAUUUUCCAGGCCAGCCGCAUAAAAGCCAGCAUGCAUCCGAGCAUGAGACGACCCAUGAAACCGAAGACUACCAGGCAAGGGGGGACCUUUAUGAUACAAAUCAAUCAACAUCUCGACCCUUGCCAAACUCGACUCGAAAUGCGACUGCUCUUCAACACAAGCCAAGUGCUCCUGUUUGUCAGGGCAUUCCUCUUGUAUUCGUCAGCGAGUUGCCCUCUCGCCUACGUACGAUCUUCCCUUACCCCAAUUUCAACGCUGUUCAAUCAAAAUGUUUCGAAGCAGUCUACAAAACAGACAACAACUUCGUCCUCGCAGCACCGACUGGAAGUGGCAAGACCGUCAUUCUGGAGCUGGCAAUUUGUCGCGCCAUUUCCACGAAUACUGUAGACCAAUACAAGAUAGUCUAUCAGGCGCCCACCAAAGCUCUGUGCUCAGAACGCCAGCGGGACUGGGAGAAGAAAUUCUCGCCUGCUGGGCUCAACUGUGUUGAACUCACAGGCGACAGCGAUGCACGGGAUCUCAAAAAUGUUCAAUCGGCGAAUAUCAUUAUUACCACCCCGGAAAAGUGGGACAGCAUUACGCGGAAAUGGAACGACCACGAGAAACUGAUGCGACUCAUCAAAUUGUUCUUGAUUGACGAGGUCCACAUCCUGAAAGAAGACCGUGGGGCGACGCUCGAAGUGGUUGUGUCUCGUAUGAAAACCAUUGGUACUAAUGUGCGCUUCGUCGCACUUUCUGCGACUGUCCCAAAUUUCAACGACGUCGCUACCUGGCUUGGAAAAAGUUCUGCUACUCCCAAUGAGGCGGCUAUUCACGAAAAGUUCGGAGAAGAGUUCCGGCCGGUCAGACUGCAAAAGCACGUUCGCGGGUACACGUCGAACAACCCUAACGAAUUUGCGUUUGAGAAAGUAAUCGAUUCGAAUCUUACAAGUGUAAUCAAGAAGUACUCUGAACGCAAGCCUAUGAUGAUCUUCUGUAGCACACGAAAGUCUACGGCUACAACUGCUCAAAAGCUUGCCAGCUGGUGGGCCAGCAGUGGUCCCAACGAUCGCAUGUGGAAUGCACCGUCUACUUCUCUGGCGUUUCGUGAUAAGGACUUGCAAAGUUGUGCCACAUCUGGUGUAGCAUUCCACCAUGCUGGCAUAUCUCUCGAAGACAGGGUUGCGGUUGAAGACGCUUUCCUAAAGAACUUUAUCAGUGUUAUCUGUUGUACGUCAACUCUCGCGGUGGGUGUCAACUUGCCAUGCCAUAUGGUCAUCAUUAAAAACACGGUGUUCUACACCCCUAGUAUGGGAACACAAGAGUAUCCCGAUCUCGACAUCAUGCAGAUGCUUGGUCGCGCUGGACGUCCCCAAUUCGAAGAUUCUGCAAUCGCAGUCAUCAUGACUCGCCAAGCCAAGGUUGCAAGAUACGAAAAGAUGGCGAUUGGUGAAGAAGUAUUGGAGAGCACACUGCAUCAAAAUCUUGUCGACCAUUUGAAUGCCGAGAUAUGUUUAGGUACUAUCAAGGAUCUUCUCUCAGCGAACCGAUGGCUCACUAGCACUUUCCUCUAUGUUCGUUUGAACAGGAAUCCGCGAUAUUACCAACUCCACGGGUCUGCCAGUGGGCAGACGACUGACGAGCAACUGAAUGAAAUUUGUUACCGAGACAUUUCAUUACUUCGAGAGCACCAACUCAUGGUGGGCGAAGAAAAUUUUCAUUCAACCGAAUUUGGCCAGGCCAUGGCACGUUACUACGUGCAUUUUAAAUCUAUGGUUAUCUUCAUGGGCCUUCCCCGGAAAGCCGCAAUCUCGGAAAUUCUUUCUGCUAUAGCGCAAGCAUCCGAGUUCGAGGAAAUUCGGUUCCGACAAGGCGAGAAGGCUCUCUACAAACAUAUCAACAAGUCGGUGGUUAUGCGGUUUCCAAUUCCUGUGGAUCUCGCCCUGUCGCCGCACAAAAUCUCUCUUCUGAUACAAUCUGUGCUCGGAGCCGCUGACAUUCCAUGGGAUGGGGACUUCGGAAAGCACCGACAGCAGUACAAUACCGAAGCCAAUUCCGUGUUCCGAUCACUCACACGCCUCGUACGCUGUAUCAUUGACUGCCAGAUCGUCCAAGAGGAUGCUGUAAGUAUCAACAAUGCUCUACUGUUAGAGCGGAGUAUCGCUGCGAGGGUUUGGGAUGACUCGCCUUUGCAAAUGAAGCAGAUUGAUAAAAUAGGCAUUGUGGGUGUCAGAAAGCUUGCAAGUGCCGGAAUCAGGAGUAUCGAGGAGCUUGAGUGCACAGAGCCUCAUCGAAUCGAAUCAAUUAUCGGAAGAAAUCCUCCGUUCGGCUUGAGCAUCAUAGAACAGUUGAAGACGUUUCCCAAACUUCGCAUAUCGCUGUCGCUUCAGGCAAAUUCGAUCUCCAAAACGCCAAAUGGCGUGAAAGUUACUAUCAAAGCGGACGUCGGAUUCAUCAACGACAAAGUGCCCGAAUUCUUUAACUCAAAGUCCAUCUACGUGUGUAUGCUCGCGGAGACUUCAGACGGACGCAAAGUGCACUUUGCUAGGACAAGCUCGCGACAGCUCGGUAGAGGCCAGAUGAUGAAUUUCUCGACUUUGUUGACCUCACCAAAUCUGCGUAUUAACGCCUAUCUCAUGUGCGAUGGCAUAGCCGGGACGCAGCGAUGUGCUUCGGUCACACCAAAAAUUGCGCCCUCAAUGUUCCCAUCGAACAAUGAUUCACAUGAUACGCUGUCGCCAGGGCCACCAAACAGACCCACAUCGAACAUGGCUCUUCGGCGUACCGAGAGUACCACGCACGUCAAAAAGAGGCCGCCUACAGCUGAAGAGUAUGAUGAUGGCAUUGAUGACGAAGAGCUCAUGAAGGCAUCCUCCUAUGAUCUGGACUUUGACCAUAUCGAGAAUUUCGCCAAUACUGCUGAUACACUGACCAGAAACAACACAGCUAAAAAUGCCUGUUCGACAAAGAACAGUCGUAUCAAGCCAAAUUAUCACCCACAAGAUGAUGGACAUGAGCCAAAGCAACUCGAGAACGGGAAAUGGGCCUGCAAUCACCCUUGCAAGAAUAAGCAGGCCUGUAAGCAUUUGUGCUGCAAAGAAGGAAUGGACAAACCACCCAAGAAAUCUGCUCCGAAGCAUUCGCCAUCAGAAGACUUGAACUCCAAAUCUAGUAGUAAUGUCCAAGAGAUGCACAAGCCGAAGUCAAUCCAGACAAAACUGCAAAUUAGUCCAACAAAGCGCCAGGGCUCAAACUCCAUUGCGCAAAUUGAUCUCACACAACCCAGCAAGAAGAUGAAGCCAGAGAUUUCAAAGCACUCCAAGAGCUCUGAAGCGCGUCCAAAGGACUUCCAAAAGCGUGACAUACGUUCUUCGCUCAGUUCUUUGACACAAAAGAAGCCUAGAUACUGCUACGGGGAAGGUGGCGACUACAAGCUGUCCUUUAUGGAUAAUAGCAAAGACUCAAGUUCGAGCGAUUACGGCGACAUGGACCUUGACGAGCAUUUCUCCCGCGCCCUUGCUCAUACUGGUCAGGGACAUGACCACCAUACAAAGAGCAAUCUGCAGGAUCAUCAUGCAGAUGUGAAUAAUAAAUUCCCUGGGGGAACCGAAAGCUUCGCUGCACUGGACGAGCAUCAGUCAGAGGCCUUUGGUGACGAUGAUUCUGUCUUCAACGGGGCCCUCAUGAAUCUUUCAGAAGAUCCCGACAGUAUCUACUUGAAUCCUGGUGGCGACACAAAAGCAAAUGGCAAUGACUUUGACGAUGAAUUGGGCCUUGGUCUGGACUUGGACGCUGAAAUGGGCUUCGAAGACAAUGCAAAUGCAGAGCCCGGAGAGUCCUUCGUUCUGCCUCAUUACAAGCAGAAUUCUUCACGAAUCGCUGAUGGAGUGAUGCACCCUAAGGCGGCACGUAUGCCGUUUUUAGUCGAAACAAGCAGCCCAAGACCGUCCUUCACAGCAAUCAAUACUGUGGAGGAAGGACAAAAACAUGGUCCCUCAGAGCAUAUUGAGACCAACCUAGAAACAUCGAGGCGCCCCGCAUCCCGCGAGAAACAUCAAGAACCAAAUCAGAACGAAGAAUCUCGAGAGAAGAAGCUAGUCGAGGAAAAUGCUGCCCUAGUCAGCAAUUUACCAGCGCCUGAGGCUCACCAAGGACUUGAUUCGUGGCUCCUUGAGGAGUUUGGUGAUGUUGUUGAAAUUGUGGAUGAAUGA